AUGCCUGUUCCAUCUAAAUUGGGGACUCAGGACAACAGUUUUGAAGCAGAUGCAAUCUGUCCAGUGUACCUGGGCUUUUACUCCAGUGCCGUUUAUCUCUCCUGUUCCCACAGAUUCUUCUUUGACUGCACUAAAAACUGGAUGUUCAAGAAGGAAGAUUGGAUAUUGACCUGUCCCCCAUGUUGAGAAGAAAACAAGAGACCCAUCAUGUAUAAGGGGGCAGUGAAAGAAUUGAUCACUCCUUUCAAGCAGCAUGGCUCCUCCCUGAAGCACCAUCUGGGGCAGACCACUGGACUCAGGCUGUUGUUCUCAGAGGAUGUAGCUCUGGCAGCUGAGCCUGGUGAUACCCCCCAGGUACUCUCUAAUGUCUAUUGUGGGAAGGCUGGUCAGAACUUGGUGGAAGAUCCCAGAAGAUUCACUCCCUUAUCCUGUGUCCCGGGCGGUCCCUAAUUCUCAGUAUGUAAUUGGGAAGUUGAUGUUGAGAAAGGGAAGGAGUGGCUUCCAGGUGUUUGCAAGGAAUCAGUCAGCAGGAGAAAUAUCCAUUUCCUUCGUGAAUGUGAAUUCCAGAUGCUUGGCAUGAAGGCAGGAGCAAUCAGUGUUAACGUUGUCUCAGUAAGAGAUCCUGGAAGCCCUGGCCUUUGCCAGGUAGGGAUUUUCCCAGACCUGGUUAUGGAAGAAACCAAGUUUUUGAUGGGGAAAGAAAUGCCCUUCUCUAUGAGCAUAGUUCUCUCUGCAUCUCCUUUGUGGCCCCUUUGA